CACCCCACCCGUUGCAGAGACAAGCCCGGCCUCGGCGCGCCAUGUGUGGUAACGCGCUGCGCCGCAGCCACGCUAUUUAAACACCGGCUAUGGAUCCAGAAACCCGCGCGAAUCAAUGGGAUCAAACGCGAAGGAGGUGCACCGUCAAUUACAAGCACUUGGACAAGUUUAACUUUUUUUUUCCUUUUACAAAUAAGGCCUUCAAAGGCAACCUUAGCAACGCCCAAAUAAGAAGCCACCUCUAAGCCAAUAGCCUAUGUGCAAAGGGAGGGAGAAUAUAUAUAUUUAUAAUAAGUCUAUAUGUAUAUUACAGACGCACAGGUUUACAUUCUGUGAACUUUUUUUUUCUUUUUUCUUUCUUUGCUUUUUUUUUUUUUUUUAAACGUAGGGACAUUGCAGAGCAGUCUUCUCUAUCUUUUGGCACGUUACUGAAGGGGGCAUUCUGUUUUCUUGGAGCGCCCAAGGGGGCGCAGAGACAGAGGAAAGAAAAGAGCUGGGAGGAAAGGGGCAGGGUGGGUGGGGGGCAGAGGGCGAGCCGGCGGCCAGGGCGAGCGCUUGCUGGCAACACGAUGCGGUCCCUGCUGCUGUUCACUUUCUCGGCGUGCGUGCUGCUGGCCCGGGCGCUGCUGGCUGGCGGCGCGAGUAGUGGCGGCGGGGACACCCGGCCAGGCAGCAGGCGCCGGGCGAGAGAGGCGCUGGCGGCUCAAAAGAUCGAGGUGCUUGUGCUAUUGCCCCGGGACGAUUCCUACUUGUUCUCGCUGGCCCGGGUGAGGCCGGCCAUCGAGUACGCGCUGCGGAGCGUGGAGGGCAAUGGCACCGGGAGGAAGCUGCUGCCGCCGGGCACUCGCUUCCAGGUGGCCUACGAAGACUCGGACUGCGGCAACCGUGCGCUCUUCAGUCUGGUGGACCGCGUGGCGGCGGCGCGCGGCGCCAAGCCGGACCUCAUCCUGGGGCCCGUGUGCGAGUACGCGGCGGCGCCGGUGGCCCGGCUGGCGUCUCACUGGGACCUGCCGAUGCUGUCCGCAGGAGCGCUGGCCGCCGGUUUCCAGCACAAGGACACGGAGUACUCGCACCUCACGCGCGUGGCGCCUGCCUACGCCAAGAUGGGAGAGAUGAUGCUUGCUCUGUUCCGUCACCACCACUGGAGCCGCGCUGCCCUGGUCUACAGCGACGAUAAACUCGAGAGGAACUGCUAUUUCACCCUCGAGGGCGUCCACGAGGUUUUCCAGGAGGAGGGUUUGCACACGUCUGCCUACAGUUUCGACGAGACUAAGGACUUGGACCUGGACGACAUAGUGCGCUACAUCCAGGGCAAUGAGCGAGUGGUGAUCAUGUGCGCCAGUGGAGACACCGUUCGGAGGAUCAUGUUGGCAGUGCACAGACACGGCAUGACCAGUGGAGACUACGCUUUCUUCAACAUUGAACUCUUCAACAGCUCUUCCUACGGAGAUGGCUCGUGGAAGAGAGGAGACAAACAGGACUUUGAAGCUAAGCAAGCCUACGCAUCCCUCCAGACAGUCACCCUACUGAGGACCGUGAAACCUGAGUUUGAGAAGUUUUCCAUGGAGGUGAAAAGUUCUGUUGAGAAACAAGGGCUCAAUGAGGAGGAUUACGUGAACAUGUUCGUGGAAGGAUUCCAUGAUGCCAUCCUCCUCUACGUUCUGGCCUUACACGAAGUGCUCAGAGCUGGCUACAGCAAGAAGGAUGGGGGCAAAAUCAUCCAGCAGACUUGGAACAGGACAUUUGAAGGUAUCGCCGGGCAGGUGUCCAUAGAUGCCAAUGGGGAUCGGUAUGGGGACUUCUCUGUGGUCGCCAUGACUGACAUAGAGGCAGGCACCCAAGAGGUCAUUGGUGAUUACUUUGGAAAGGAAGGCCGGUUCAAAAUGCGAUCGAAUGUCAAAUACCCUUGGGGCCCUUUGAAACUGAGAAUAGAUGAAACCAGACUUGUGGAGCACGCCAACAGUUCUCCUUGCAAAUCAUCAGGUGGCCUAGAAGAAUCGGCGGUGACAGGAAUCGUUGUGGGGGCCCUUCUAGGUGCCGGUUUGCUAAUGGCCUUCUACUUUUUCAGGAAGAAAUACAGAAUAACUAUUGAGAGGCGAAAUCAGCAAGAGGAAAGCAACAUCGGGAAACAUCGAGAGUUACGGGAAGAUUCCAUCAGAUCGCAUUUUUCGGUGGCUUAAAGGAAAUGCCCCUCUUGCUUUGUCUGCUUGAGAUCCCUUAAAGAGAUGGAUGGAAGGACAGACAUCAAUGGAACAGAAAGGGCGUUCUUGGAAAAUUCAUUCUUUUAAACAGUAGUCAUUUCAUUUAAAAUUUUCUUUAGAAGCUCAGGAAUGAUUAUUAAUCACUAUCUGCCUUCUGGCCUCUCAUCUCAUGGCAAACAGAUAUAAUGAUGUAACAUAAUCCUGUUAAGUGUCCUGGCUGCUGGAGGAGCAUUGGAGUAGAUUUAUGUCUUGAAAGGCUGCUGCCUCCAUUUCUUGAUUGCUUUGGGGGCACAUCACACGAGGUUAUAAAAAAAAUGUGGUUUUUCUGAAAUGAAAUGUUUUGUAGCUAGAAUAAAACAAUUUUUACAACUAGAAUAUUCUUGGAAAGAAUUUAACACCCAAUAAGAGGACAAUGGAAUGAAAGAAAUCUCCAGGCUGGGGAUGCAGUGUCCCUCUCUCUGGAACUGGGGGACAGGUUUGUGGUUGACGAGGGCUGGAUCCAACACACACAUUUAGGUCCGACUUCACAUCUCAAGAAAGGAUCCUCGCCGUCUCUUUCAGCGUCUCAUCAGAGCUACUCUGGAAAACUGUAAAUAUUAGGGAACAAGGAGGAUUUAUAUAAGAAAGAUGAGUCUAAGAUGUUUCUUUUAUGAUGUAAAAAAAAAAGCCCUACUUCACACUAACAUUUUAUUUUUAAGUAUUUUAAUCUUAUAUUUUGGUAUUAGAAAUGUGUCUAUUUUUUCAUUUUGAAGAUUAAAUUUCACUUAUAUUUUAAGAGCAUGGAGGAGGUGUGUGACAAAUCUGUGGUGAGGGAGGCAUGGUUCUCUUUUUCUCUGCUGUCCUCUGUUCCUUGGCUGUGGCUAAUACUAACUGCUGCUCUGACUGACGAUUGCUCAAGUCUGUUCAGCCUACGAGCUCUGAAGGAAUAUGUUGAUGUUAAGCCGUCGUCCAUUAUCGACUGUUUUAAAUGUAUGUUAUUGGAGGACUCCAUCCUUUCUAACUAUGGUCAAAUUAUGCCCUUCAAAACCGGUAGACUUAAGUAGAGUCUAUAAAGAAAUGCAACCCCUUUCCCUCAAGAACAAGCAGACAGUGCGAAUUUAACAGCAAGACACAGUGAUGAUACAUUUUAAAAAACUGCACGCAGUUUAUCAAAAUUUGAGGUGGUGACUUUAAAAAAGGGAAUGUUGAUAUCUACUGUGUCCCUUUAACCUCAUAGAGUUUUGCAGCCACCACAAAUGAUGCUUCUCUUGGACAUUGGGCUAGGACAAAAAAGGGCAGCGUGGCCAAGACUGAGCCAGCCUUUGCUGGGUAUCUGUUUUGAACUCAGUUCUGCACGCCGAGGUUUAAAUUCGGGUUCCUGUUUUAUCAUUGGAGGAGAGGACAAGCCACCUUGUAAUUAUGCCUUUCUUGGUGACAUUUUGAGCAUCCGAAACCCAGUCUAAAGGGGAGAAAUUAAAUAAUUCCUUGAAGGUCAUUUCCAUUCAGGCUAACUGUAGAGGAAACCGGGCAGGUGCUGCAAGCUCUGGAAACUGUUCCAUUGAGGCUUUCCCAGGAAGGAGUGUCGUCUCAUUCUCUCAGCUGCGCCAAAGUGAAUGGGCAAACUUCUCUGUGGGGCAAACUUCUUUACUGCUCAGGAAACAGAAUGCACAUGAUAAAAUGAAUUAACUGUUGAACAACGGAAGGAGGUACAUUGUGGUUCUUCUGCCUGUGUUGGGGGGGGGGAUGUUGAGGGGAAAGUGCUGACUUCAAAAAAGAGCAGAAAAAGUAGGCCAGAAAGGUAAACUUCAAAAUGCUACUCCAGGAGGUGAACGUGUAGAGCACAACUCAGGACUGCAGCGGCUGAUGGUCAAGGACUCACAUAAUGAAGACAGCUGGGCGGAUGGCAACCACCCCAGUUCUCAGAGCCAGAGGGCUGUUUGGUUCUCUCUUAUAUUUUCAAUGAUGUUUUUUCCCCCGUGUUUCAGAGAUACUCAUGUUCUAAUGUUUAUUUUUUGAACCUGUGUGUUAAUUACAGGAGGGUGGUGGUGGGGAAAGUUCUCUACCUGGCUAUAUCCUUUGGGCAUAAAUAUUAUGUCUAAUCCUUUCUUGAAUUUAUAUAGUUGCCCAUAAAUGGCAGCAUAGUUGCAACAGUAUUGUUUUUAUUUCUGCUCCAUCUAGAGGAAUUGUUCCAAGGGUAAUAGCAUAUUCCGAGAUUAGAUGGUAACGAUGAGAAGGGAGCUGGCCUUUAAAACAUAGGCAGGGCGAGUCAUGAGGUCCCUGGAGUUACUUCUUACAAUUUUAAAGCCAUUCUAAUAUUAAGGUUGAUUUCUCAUUUACAUGUCUGCUGUAUAGUUUGUUUUUCUUGAAUAUCUUUACACAGCCAGGCAAGGUGACCCAUGUCUUCAAUCCCAGCACUUGGGAGGCAGAAGCAGGGGGAUAUCUGUGAGUUUAGGGCCAGGAUGGUCUCCAUAGGGAGUUUUAGGUCAGCUGUAGUUAUACACUUAGUUCUUGUCUCAGAAAGAAUAAGUCUCCAUGUGAAUUGCCAAAACAUCAUUAAGUUUUGAAAACACCACUAAGUUGGGAAACCUUCACUGAGAGUACAGAUGUCUUCUAUUCCAUGGCGGCCCUGGCUUGAGAACUCUUGAUAUUGUAUCGUAGAACUUAAAUUCCUAACUGCUAAACAACAAGUCUGACAAUUAGCCAUUCAUAAUCUGCCAGUAGUCAACUAUUAUGUAAUAAACAAAAAGGAACUUUAGUUCUUAAGCCAUUCUAUAAGUUUUUACUCUUAAAUAUAAAGAUCAAGGUGCCCAAGGGUGGGGUAUUUUAUUAGUAUUUUUCAUAUCUGGUCAAAUAUAUGCUCAUAUGCAAGCUAAAUUAAGUGUAUACUUAUAGUGAUGGAAAUAAACACAAGUUUUAUAGCCGAUAUUAUUGUCUUAGAUUUGGGAGAGAAGCUGAACUCAGAAACAAAACUUUCUGGGUAGAGAGUAGUAUCUAUUCCCAACACAAAUAGAGGUUUCACAUGAAAUCCAUCAACAUGAAUGGUUUUGAAGAAGCAUCAGCGUAUCUUUUCCUGAACCACAGACAGAAUUCCACAUGUCUUGAAAUAGUUGUUUACAUUUCAGAAUUCAUGCAGGAGAGGGAGAAUCCUAUGGAAUGAGAGCACAUGUCCCACCCCCGCUUCCUCUUGAAUGGAAAGCUUUAGAAUGCCAAAUCCCUCCCCCCUCCCCAGCUGCUCACCAGCAUCCUGUGCCUUUGCUGAAGGCACUUCCACCUUCUGUGUCCCUAACUUACCUCUUUUCUUCUGGUUGGGACUGAUUGUAGGGGUCUAAGACAGGCAGUGCAAAGUGAACAGGGAGGGCCUCUUAUAUCUCAGAGAGUGGUUUCAGAAGUUGUUUCUAGUGGUGCCAUUGCUUUCUUGAAACAGAGCUACCUUGUGCAGGUUUUUUAGAUGUGAGACACACACACACACACACACAUGCACA